AUGGGCCGGCUCAACAAGCGCCAACAACGCGAACUUGCCGAGCUGGAAGAGCUCGAGCGCUCCCGACAGGCUUCGACGUCGACUCUUCCGACCCAGAAUGACAUAACUGAUGAGGAGGAAGAAGAAGUGGUAGCGCAACCCAAGGGAGGAUUCGCCGCCCUCGGACUUGGCGAUGAGCCGGACGACCAGGACGAGGAGGAGGAGGAGAGCACGAUUGCUGCGCCGACAAAGGCAAAGAGCUCGAACCGAAAGAAAAAGAAGAAGGCUGCGAAACCCGCCGACGAUUCGCCUUCUGCCCCUGUGUCCCUCGACUCUCCUGCCAGUCCGCCAAGUGUUGCUGCGACGCCUACAAAGUCGAAGAGCAAAAAGGCCAAAGCUGCGAAGGCAGAGACGCCCAAGGUCGAGGAUGACGGGAUGGACGAGAUUGACAGGGCGCUGGCGGAGCUGGCGACGAGGGGCGGAAAUGCCCAGGUUACGGCUGGUUCGACGGCGACAAGUCGUCUUGAUCCCAAAUGGGCCGCUGUCAAGGAGGUCUACGCUUUCGACCCGAAGUACCUCGACUCCGAUGCCGAAUUGCGGCGAAUGUUCGGCAAGAGUGUGAUCGGAAGCGCUCCUCAAGCCCCUCGCUCGAACCUGCACGCUCGCUUCGCCAACAAUCCGCACCACGCCACCUCCCUCCGCCGCACCUCGUCGUAUCUCGCAACGCCCGAGCCCGGUUGGCCAUCGCCUGCAGGUGUUCUCACACUCGAGCGGUACGAGGGCGUCGAGGCGCAGGAGGACGCGAGCGGCGGAGACUGGUUUACCUUUGUACACUCGCCAAGCUAUAAGCAGGCGCAGAUGAUGUUCCUCGAGGUUUUGCAGCAAGCGGACGGAAACAGGCUGUACGACGUCCUCGCCGCGCAGCCCUACCACGUCGACACCCACAUGCAGCUGUCCGAGAUGAUGGCGCAACAAGGUGACCAGGGCGCCUCGUCUACCCACCUCUCCCGAGCACUCUACGCCCUCUCCGCUCCACUCCCUCCCACCUUCCCUUCCGGCUCGUUCCGCCUCGCGUACAGCCAGAUCGAGAACCGCGCCCUCUACCUCGGCAUUGCUCGCAAAGUCGCACUCCUCGUCAAGCGCGGAACUUGGCGGACAGCCUUCGAAUGGGCGAAGAUCGGACUGAGCAUAAGCGGCGACGCAGAUCCAGUUGGGAUGCUCUGCUGGCUCGACCUCCUCGCGCCGAAGGCGGGUCAGCACGAGUGGUUCUUCAAGCUCAUUCCGGCGCUUGAGGCGGCGUAUCCGUCGAUGUGCAUAAGUGGCUAUCCUGGACUCGCUUACGCAAAGGCGCUGUGCUUGCGGAACCAGGAAGAGGAGAAGAAGGAGACCGGAGACAAGAGCACUGCCGCUCUCGUCAGCGCGAUCCUCCGCUUCCCGAUGGUUGCGACGCUCCUCUCGAACGCUCUCGCCUUCGACGUUCCGCCCGCUCUCGUCUCGCACCGAAGAGCACAGCCUGACGGCUCAUACACCAAAAACCCUUCCUAUGCCCUCUCCCUGCUCUCCGAACUUUACGCCAACCGCUCAGCACCACUCUGGAAAGACCCGGCGUCGACGGCGUGGCUGCGAAAAGCAGUCGUGACUGCCGCGACGAUGCUGGACGACCAGUCGAACGAAGAUGUCAAGAUUGGCGAAGAGCUUUUCUCAAAGGGUCCGUUCCCCGAAGGCUACGCGCCGGCUGGCAUCAUCCGCGCUGCCUUCAUCUCCGAAAUCCCCUCCGUCCGACCUUACCUCCCUCCCACUGCCCGAAGCGGCACCUUCUACUCCUUCGACCCUCUCCCUCCCACCGGUCCCAACGUCACGCACUACGACGACUCGUACUUCGCCAUGCUGUACGCCGCGCCAUCCUUUCGCCGACGAGGUCGUGGCGUCGUACCAGCGGGUCUAGCAGGCCGAGGAGGAGGCGGGGGCACGGACGUCGCCGCUGCGUUGCGAGACGGAUUGAUGCGCAUGCUGGGUAUGGGCGCGGAAGGACCGCAGGUCGAGCUGAAUGACGAGCUUCGGGCCGAGUUAUUGGAGGAACUGGCGAUGCUGAACGGCGGUGGAGGCGAGAUGCCUGGGGGCUUCGCUGGCGAGGACGAGGACGGAGAAGAGGCGAACAGGCAGCGCGAAAUGAACGAGGAUGAGAGCGCCGAGGCUGUUCGAGGUGUGUUCCGCCGGCUAGGGAACUACUUCGGUUUCGUCGGGCCUCGACCUGGGACGGAGGGAGAGACGGGUGCAGAGGACGGCGAGGCAGAGGAGGAAUGGGAGGAUGAGCGCGGGCAAUAG